AAGCACGCAUGAAGCGAACUUAUAUAUAUAAAGGAGCAGUCCGAGUAUUCGAGACCUCGUUGUAGACACCAAUUUGCCCAUCUUACCAGUCGCCACUAUGAGUCCCGUCCAGCUACUAAGCGCCCUGCUGGCAUGUUCAAUGAUGAUCAAGUAUGGCGAAGCGAUAAACCCCCAAUGCCAGCACCCAGUGACCGCGCCAAGUGCUAUUUUCACCAUUGCGUGUGGGUCCCCAGUCACCUGUGCGGCCGGAGUCCAACAUCAACCCUGCAAAAUUCUUCGAAGAGCCUGCAAUCAUCGUUGUACCACGUGCAAUGCCGUCGCCGCCCGGCAGUUCCUCGCAGAUUGCCCAAACGGCCCAGAUGAACAUCACCAAGGCGUCGUAUGCGCUAUCCAUCCAGCGGCUUCCUCUUCCUCUUCUGCGUCUUCUUCUUCUUAGCUUUUUAAUUUUUAGCUUCUUCUCCAUCAGCUAUGGAAUAUAAAUUUCCUGCACGAUCCAAUCGCUGAAUCCUCAUGCUUAUACAUGAUUAAACCUAUUGAUGGCAAAGGGAGGCUAUAGAAUUUUUAGAUACUUGCUGCUAGUAUUG